AUGCGAUUGAUAACUUGGAACGUGCAGGGAAUAUCAAACAAGAUGCAUGAAAUUUUGUUGGUUUUGGAUGAGAAUAGUACAGACUUUGCUGUUCUAACAGAAACUAAGAGAAAAGGUAAAGACAAUGAGGACCGAGACAACUACAUACAUCUAUGGUCAGGCGUGGACAAAUCGCGGAGAGCAGCGGCUGGAGUCUCUAUCCCCAUCAACAAACGCCACAAGAAAUAUAUCAAGACAUAUGAAUACAAGUCGGAAAGAAUCAUGACCUUGACGCUUUCUAUAUAUGGUUACGAUACCACAGUGAUAGCAGUGUAUGUACCCAGUAAUGAUUCUACACAACAACUGAAGGACGAAUUCUAUGCUGAUUUAUCAGGGAUUUCAAAUGCUCUUCCUCAUCACCCAGAGGUUAUUCUUACUGGUGACCUAAACGCAAGAGUCGGAUCAAGAUUCGACCAUGAUGUGGUGGGGCAGUUCGGUGAGAUAUGUGUUAACAACUCUGGAGAAACGCUUAUGGACUUCUGUACUCAAAACUUUUUGAAAAUCCUGAAUGGGUUCUUUGAACAUAAAAAAAUACACAGAUACACUUGGGAGAGGCCAUCUCUACAUGAGAAAUCUGUUCUGGAUCAUUUCAUAUGUAAACAGAAAAGUCGAUUCAAAUGGCAAGAUUGCAGAGUGAAAAGAGGUCCAAACUGUGGAUCCGAUCAUUACAUGGUGGAGGCUAAGAUACAGAAAAGUAUAAGAACCCUAUAUCAAAGUCGACUAGCAGAAGAGCUUAGAGCUAGACCGCCAAACAAUAACGUGGAAACUGAAUAUGAAAACAUGAGAGCAGUACAACACUCAGCUGCAAUGCAAGCUCUGGGUCCAAUGCCAGCCAGAAAAAUGAGAAGAAAACCUCCAUGGUUCACAUAA